CGGGUCGAUAUCCCAGCGCGAGCCGCGAGCCGCCAUUUUGCAACGUGCAUUCAUCAAGAACGGUUGUCAUGUUAUCUGUUGCUGUCUAGUGCUUGAAUCCUAUUAAAUAUUCCACAAUGCCUCGUUUUUCAGUCGGUUCGUCAAGUCAAGUCGUCAAUUUACGGCUCCACAGUCACGAGUUCAUCUCCAAAUUCAUUGACGCAUUCCGCAAGAACCCAUGUCUGUGGAAUACGCAAAACCCUGAAUAUAGAAAAAAGAAGUCCAAAGUAUUAGCAUAUAUUAGGCUGAUGAAGUAUGCACAGAAGGUUGAACCUACAAUCACUGUCAUUGACAUAAAAAGGAAGCUCCAGUCUAUACGCGCUUCGCAUCGAAAAGAAAGAAGAAAAGUUUCUGAGAGUUUAAAGUCAGCUAAAACGUCGGAUGAUGUAUAUGUUCCCAAAUUAUGGUAUUAUAAGCAACUUGAGUUUCUAAACCAGCACAUGGAAGAUUCAUGGGAAAAAUCCAAUAUAGACAGCAUAACUGAAAAGUCAAAUAUUGCAUCCGAUAGGUUAAUUGCUGAUGACAAUUCAUCAGAGAAAUGUAUUCCUUCUUUCGAGGAACUUGAAAUCAAAGAAUAUGUAAGCGACGACGAAGAUAAUAUCUCUGUAAAAUCUGUUAUUUCAAAUGUUUCAUCGGAAUUAGUGGAAUCUGCGCAUGAAACUUGGGAAUCGCCAAAUGCUUCCAAUAUAAUCCCAAAAAUAGAACCCAAUCAGUCCUUCCAACUCGACGGAAAUAACGAAUCCACGAAUGAAAUCCUUAGUUACAUUGCGAGGAAAAUAGAUAAUGACAAGGACGAGUAUGACAUUUUCGGCAAAAACGUAGCAGCAGAACUAAGAACUAUGAAUCACCAGCAGAGGAUUAUCGCCAAGAAGCUGAUGAACGAUGUGAUCUUUCAUGGCCAAUUGCAACAGCUAACUGUGGAAACUCAAAUUCAAAUUAAUAAUUUUUAUUCGGAAUCUUAGGCUAAUAUUACGUUAAUAUAUAUUUACAAAUAAAAAUAUAUCAUUAAUA